AUGGAUGAAAUACUCGCACCUAUUCAGGAUGCCUUCGAAGGCCAAAUUGACUUCCACGGCCAGCGCCUGGCGGAGCUUCUCUCUACUGUCCUAUUGAUUAUUUCCGGUGUCGUCAGCUUCGUCGUUGGAUACACCUACAAAGACAUUCACCUUACACUCUGGACCGGAUUGGCGGGCACUCUAUUCACAGCUUUCGUUGUCGUUCCUCCAUGGCCAGUAUACAAUCGCAACUCAGAGAAAUGGCUGGGAUCAAAAGCAAAUCCUGGAAUAACCGUGGACGGAGUGAAGGUGCAAUAG